AGCUGUCUGUUGUUUUUCGUGCAAAUUCUUUCCCCACCACCCUCUUGACCCAUUUUCCGUUGCACUUUUCCUUUAUUUGAAUAAAAAACACCUCAGUCACAGCUCGCGCCUGCGCAAUCAAGUGGCCGGACUUAUCAAAAACGUUAAUCUAAUCGUUCGGCAAACGCAGCCUGACUUUCCGCCUCGCCAUCCUCCGCCGAAUGUUCGCUUAGUUUCGCCCAGAAGCCGCUCCCGCUCGCAUCACAACCUAAAUAAUAGACUUCACAAAAUGACUUCGACUCUGCUGCCGGGUAACAUCGUUUACGGUGGCCCUGUGACCGAACGGGAGGCCCAGGACUACAGGUCCCUGGGCCAGUACAUCCUGGACAAGUACAAGAGCUUUGGUGACCAGACGGUGUUGGUGGAUGCCGUCAAUGGAGUGGAAUACUCUGCCAGUUUCAUGCACAAAUCCAUUGUACGACUGGCCUACAUCCUCCAGAAACUGGGAGUCAAGCAAAACGAUGUCGUCGGCUUGUCAAGCGAAAACAGCGUAAACUUCGCCUUGGCUAUGUUCGCGGGCUUUGCAGUUGGGGCUACCGUGGCUCCUCUCAAUGUCACCUAUUCCGACCGCGAGGUGGACCACGCCAUUAAUCUGUCCAAGCCCAAGAUCAUAUUCGCCUCCAAGAUCACGGUUGAUCGGGUUGCCAAGGCCGCCAGCAAGAAUAAGUUUGUCAAGGGCAUCAUCGCCUUCAGUGGAACUUCCAAGAACUUCAAAAAUAUCUAUGCCUUUAAUGAAUUGAUGGACAACGACAAGUUCAAGACACAGCCGGAUUUUACGGGUCCAGCAGCCAACAAGAAUGAGGAUGUGUCCCUGAUUGUGUGCUCUUCGGGCACAACAGGACUGCCCAAGGGAGUGCAACUGACCCAGAUGAAUCUUUUGGCCACCCUCGACUCCCAAAUUCAGCCCACCAUCAUUCCUAUGGAGGAGAUCACUCUUCUUACCGUCAUUCCCUGGUUUCACGCCUUUGGCUGCCUGACGCUCAUCACCACCGCCUGCCGAGGAGCCCGCCUGGUGUAUCUUCCCAAAUUCGAGGAGAACCUCUUCCUUUCGGCCAUUGAGAAAUAUCGCGUGAUGAUGGCGUUCAUGGUGCCGCCUCUGAUGGUCUUCCUGGCCAAGCACCCCAUUGUGGACAAGUACGAUCUGUCUUCUCUGAUGGUCCUGCUGUGUGGAGCAGCCCCGCUGAGUCGCGAGACCGAGGAUCAGAUCAAAGAGCGCAUUGGAGUUCCUUUUAUUCGGCAGGGCUACGGUCUCAGCGAGUCCACGCUGAGUGUUCUUGUGCAGAACGACGAUUUCUGCAAGCCCGGAAGUGUGGGCGUGCUCAAGGUGGGAAUCUACGCCAAGGUGAUCGAUCCCGACACCGGCAAACUGCUGGGAGCAAAUGAGCGGGGCGAGCUAUGCUUCAAGGGUGACGGCAUCAUGAAGGGCUACAUCGGGGACAGCAAGUCCACGCAGACGGCAAUCAAGGACGGCUGGCUGCACACCGGCGACAUUGGCUACUACGACGAUGAUUUUGAGUUCUUCAUCGUAGAUCGCAUUAAGGAGCUGAUUAAGUACAAGGGCUUCCAGGUGCCCCCAGCCGAGAUUGAGGCUCUUCUUCUCACCAACGACAAGAUCAAGGAUGCGGCCGUAAUUGGAAAGCCGGACGAGGAGGCUGGCGAACUGCCGCUGGCAUUUGUGGUGAAGCAAGCCAACGUUCAGCUGACCGAGAACGAUGUGAUCAAGUUUGUCAAUGACAAUGCAUCGCCGGCUAAACGGCUGAGGGGUGGCGUGAUAUUCGUGGACGAAAUACCAAAGAAUCCCAGUGGCAAGAUUCUGCGUCGCGUUCUGCGCGAAAUGCUCAAGAAGCCAAAGUCGAAGUUGUAAGGGGAUCCCCCUCUCCUUUUGGGUGUGUGAACAAACAAUUUACUAUGUGUAUGUUUUAUUAUUGCUAAACUUUGUUUUAUAAACUACCAACUGGUUGGGUUUCGAUUUA